AUGGUAUCUGUAGAGAGCAUGAUCGUUGGUGUUUCCUUCCGAGCCUUUUCGUGUGUUUUGGUGCUUUUCCAGUUGAUUGGAUUUAUGAACUUUCCCAUAAAGCUUCACCAAACCACAGGUCUAACGAUUGGCGAUCACCGAUGGUCAACGUCGAUCUGGUGGAUCAUUCAAUUGGCGUUGACAGUGAUUUGUGGCAUAAUGGCCAAACGAAACUACGACAACCUUUUCAACGGGUUACUCCUAACAGAUGCGAUGAACAACUAUUUCAAGUUUGGCCUCGGUUUGCUCACGGUUUUCGUAACGCUAGCCGACUCCUGGUUUGGUAUUGAAACGCAUCGCUCGAUUUGGAUGCGCUACCGCGAUCUGGCCACCAGAAAUGGAACGUUCUUCGGUUUGAUCGAAAGACCCCAGCUCGUCCGUGUUCUGAUACGCUUUUUCUUCGUAUUUCUCGUGAUAAUAGCGGUGUGCGCAAUAGUUGAGCGUCAGUUUUAUUACGAUAUUGCAUACGGAUCGCAGUGGCAUUACUUUUGGACGUACAACCUGUACCCGUACACAAUCAGUCACUUUAGGCACGUGUAUCAUCUGCUGCACAUCUUGCUGAUGACGGCCAAUGUGCGACAGUUGCAGAAGAGAUUGAGCCGUUUGCAGCAGCUGGGCGUAGCGCAGCAGCUGGAAGCGUGCCGUGUAAUCUACGGCCAGUUGUGGCAGAUAAACGAGGCUAUCAACGAGCUGUUUGGAUUCUCUCAAGCAUUAAACAUCGCCUGCAGCUUCGCCCAGAUCGCAUUCGAUCUUUAUUGGAUAUAUGCGAUGUUAAUGUCGCAAGAUACAGGAUUAAAAUGUAAGUAA